AUCUGAAUGCGAGGGGUGGCAGCCAAGGGCAUCGAGCCUUUCCCCUGGAAGGAUCGGCUGCGCAUAGCCGUGGGAAGUCUUGAGGGGCUGGCAGCAAUUCACAAGGAGGAAUUUAUUCAUCGCGAUUUCAAGGCGGCUAAUGUGCUUCUAACGAAGAACCUGGUGCCAAAAGUGGCGGACUUUGGACUGGCAAAGUCGUGCCAGGAUCAGACGCAUAUCACGACUCGAGUAGCAGGGUCACGAGGCUACAUCGACCCUGCAUACUUUGAGACAGGCCUCUUGACAGACCACUGCGACACGUUUGCUUUUGGCAUUUUUCUUCUCGAGCUGAUCUCCGGGUGCUGCGUGCACGAGCAGCCUUUUUCAGAGCUGCACAGCUUGGCUUCGAAGCCGGACUUCACAGACUAUGCGCGGGUGGUUGAUAAGACCCUGGAGGGGCAGUGGACGGAGGAGGAAGUGAGUGUGUUGCUGUCUGUAAUGCAAGACGCGAUUCUGACCGAGUGGAAGCGAAGACCCAGUUCAGAGGAACUGCUUGAGAGAUUAAAAAAGCUUGUUACAGAUGAAGUUAGUGUAGUAUCAGAGGAAGAAUAGUGUUUUAUCGAACCCAGCAACUUGUGCUUGGGUGCCUUAUAGUGGAAAGUAGUCCGAGCCGAGCUCAGCAUGCCAUGCUGCAUGGCUUGGUGUGAAAUGCAUACCAACGCUCCCAUGCCUGGGAUAACGGUAUUUCGUGUCAACUUA